GUUUAAAUUAAUCAUAACAUGGCUUUUAGGAUAAUUAGGAUUGGAAGAAAUUUAAGGCUUUUAUCAAAAAAAUUAUCAUAUUGCGGAUGUAAAGACAAUUCACGUAUUCUACAUAAUUACGAAAAUAAAUUAUAUAGAAUUUGUUGAUCCUUUUUGAAAAAAGAGCUAUAGUCGUAUCGAAAAAAGCAACCUAAAGUUAUGUAAUAUUUGCUUGAGACGACAAAAAAUUCAAAUAAAGUUCAAGCACUAUGCCUCCUUAGUUAACGAAGAUAAAAGCAAGAAACAAGAAUCAUCCCAUGUGAUAUCUAGUGGAAAUGUUUUGGGCAAGGGAAUUGGUGCUAAAAAGCCUAAAACAGGUCCAUGGCAGCCAAUUCGAUAUUGUUUUCAUCCUGGAACUUCUUCUGUAGCAAGGGAAUCACUUGGAGACUUAAAUGCCCCAGAUGUAACUGCAAAAGAAAUGAUUAAAGCGAUGAUGGCUUAUAUCUGGCCAAAAGAUGAUCCAGCUAUUAAAAUUAGAGUUGGUGCCGCUUUAAGUUUGCUGGUGGGAUCUAAAGUUUUAAAUGUGUGCGUUCCUUUCUUAUUUAAAGAAGCAAUUGAUACAUUAAAUAUUUUAAGCUUGAACACUGCAGCUGAUGCCGUAGUUGCUGUUCCAAUUUCUAUAUUGCUGGGAUAUGGUAUAGCAAGAGCAGGAGCUUCAGCAUUUAACGAACUAAGAAAUGCAGUUUUUGCAAAAGUUGCUUCGCAUUCCAUUAGAAAAAUUGCAACAAACGUUUUUUUGCAUUUGCACAAUUUAGAUUUAGCUUUUCAUUUGAGCAAACAAACUGGUGCUUUAUCGAAGACCAUUGAUAGAGGUUCACGAGGAAUUAAUUUUGUUCUCUCAGCCAUGGUAUUUAAUAUUGUUCCAACAAUUUUUGAAUUGGCACUUGUAUCAAGUAUUUUAGGAACAAAAUGCGGUUUAGCCUAUGCUGGAGUUUCUAUGGGCUGCGUGGGAAUUUAUGCAGCUUAUACAUUAGCUAUAACACAAUGGAGAACAAAAUUUAGAGUCUAUAUGAAUCAAGCAGAAAAUGAAGCUGGCAAUAAAGCAGUAGAUUCAUUAAUAAAUUAUGAAACUGUGAAAUAUUUUAAUAACGAAUUAUACGAAGCCAAACGUUAUGAUAAAGUCUUGAAAAAAUAUGAAGACGCAAGUUUGAAGACAAGUUCUAGUUUAGCUUUAUUAAAUUUUGGCCAAAAUGCUAUUUUUAGUGCUGCUUUAAGUGGAAUAAUGUUAUUAGCUGCAAAGCAGAUAGCUGAAGGAAAUAUGACAGUUGGCGAUUUAGUGAUGGUCAAUGGGUUAUUAUUCCAACUUUCUAUUCCAUUAGGGUUUUUGGGUAGUGUGUAUCGUGAAGUAAGACAAGCAUUACUGGAUAUGCAGUCAAUGUUCAUUUUAAUGAAUGUGGAUCCCGCAAUCAAAAAUAAAAUGAAUGCUCCAGAAUUAAGUGUUUCUCGGGAAAACGCAUCAAUCGAAUUCAAAAAUGUUUCUUUUCAAUAUGAGACUGGUAAACCAAUUUUUAAUGAUUUAAGCUUUGUAAUACCAGCUGGAAAAAAAAUUGCCUUUGUCGGGGGAUCUGGUUCUGGUAAAAGUACUAUAAUCCGCUUGUUGUAUAGAUUUAUGGAACCUCAAACUGGUGAAAUAUUGAUUAAUAAACAGAAUAUCCGUGAUGUUGACAUAAAUAGUUGCAGAAAGUCAAUUGCCAUAGUUCCACAAGAUUCUGUGCUAUUUCAUGAUACAAUAGGUUACAAUAUAGGGUACGGCGAUACAACGAAAACUCAGGUUGAAAUUGAAAAUGCCGCCAAAAUGGCUGAUUUACAUGAUUCCAUCACAUAUUGGCCUCAAAAAUAUGAAACACAAGUUGGAGAAAGAGGUUUAAAACUCUCUGGUGGCGAAAAACAACGUGUUGCUAUAGCUAGAGCUAUAUUGAAAAACUCACCAAUAUUAGUCUUUGAUGAAGCUACGAGUAGCUUGGAUUCCAUAACAGAAUUGAAUAUUUUAAAUGCUUUGUCAAGGGCAACUGAAGGUAGAACGAGCAUAUGUAUUGCACAUCGUUUGUCUACAGUAAUGGAUGCUGAUGAAAUUUUAGUUCUAAAUAAAGGUUGUAUUGCAGAACGCGGAACCCAUGCAGAAUUAUUAAAACGAAAUGGAUUUUAUACAAGACUUUGGGAAACACAAAAUAAGACCAAUUGAUUGACGCUUUAAUAUUAAAAUUAUAUUUGAGCAAUCACUAAUAAUUAAGAUGCAAAAAUAUGUUAUUUUAGCCUUUAGGUAAUAAAUUUGUUCUGUUUAAUUAAUGUAAAUUAUCUGUAAAUUAGUAAUAAAAAUAUAUUUUUUGAUGGACUGUUGA